CACUUUGGACUUACUACACAUCUUCUACGCCUUUUUGCUGCUUUUCAAAAAGCAAACCAAAUACUCUCUUUUGGAUUUAGAAUUUCCAAAUUCCCAAUCUCACUUCUUGCAACAUCAUCAUCGAAGCAUUGCCUGUCGAUUUCAACAGCGAAUCCACCGAAUAAGUCUCUCAUCGGUUGUUAAUUAGUCGCUGUUUACAUGCUCUUUGUAUCUAAACCAUAAGCAUGACAAGAAUGGGACGAGAUUUCAGCUACACAACUCAAAGAGAUGCAGUUUCCCCAGUGUCAGCAGAUGUUCUAUUUGCAUCCAGCCGAUUUCCAAAUUACAAAAACAGAACUAAUAACAACACAAUGGAGGCAAAAGAAGAUUCAAAGUUAGUUUCUAUGAGGGAGUUAACUCGACAUGAAACUGCCAAGUUGCUAGAUCAACAAAACCGUUUAUCUGUUCGUGAUCUUGCCAGUAAAUUUGAAAAGGGUUUAGCUGCUGCUGCUAAGUUAUCUGAUGAGAAUAAGCUCAGAGAUGUGGUUUCUCUAGAGAAACAUGUGCUUUUAGAAAAGCUUAAAGAUGCACUUGAAUCAUUGAGAGGGCGUGCUGUUGGUAAAAACAAAGAUGAUGUGGAGGAGGCUAUUGCCAUGGUUGAAGCUUUAUCAGGUCAAUUGACACAAAGGGAAGGAGAGUUGGUUCAAGAAAAGGCUGAGGUUAAGAAGCUUGCAAGUUUUCUAAAGCAGGCUUCAGAAGAUGCAAAAAAGCUUGUUGAUGAAGAGAGAGCUUUUGCAAGAACUGAAAUUGAGAAAGCUAGAGCUGCAGUUCAGAGAGUGGAAGAAGCUCUUCAGGAGCAAGAAAAAAUGUCCCGAGCUACAGGGACACAGGAUGUGGAAGAAUUAAUGAAGGAAGUACAAGAGGCUAGAAGGAUCAAGAUGCUUCAUCAGCCUAGUAAGGUUAUGGAUAUGGAACAUGAGCUCCAGGCAUUACGAACUCAACUAGCAGAGAAGUCUAAGUGUUCAUUGAAGCUCCAGAAAGAGUUGGCAAUGAGCAAACAGGGAGAGAAAAAUAGACCCAAUUUAUUUGAAUUAGAUGGCACAGAAUCUUUAGGCUCAUAUUUGCAGAUUCAUCCAUGUUGUAAUGAAGCCCCAGAUCUUCUAGAAUGUUCUAUCCAGUGGUAUCGUUUGGCUUCUGAAGGUGGAAAAAAGGAUCUUAUUUCAGGUGCCACAAAACCUAUUUAUGCUCCUGAACCUUCUGAUGUUGGGCGAUUACUUGAAGCUGAUGUCAUGUCAGAUGGGUUGAGUAUCACUUUGACAACUUCUGGUCCCAUUGAUCCAGCUGCAGGAUUAGGAAACUAUGUGGAAGCAUUGGUUCGGCGCCAUGACACCGAGUUUAAUGUAGUGAUUGUUCAAAUGAAUGGGGCAGAGCAUCCUUCAGAGUCAGUUCAUGUACUUCAUGUAGGAAAGAUGAGGAUGAAACUUCGCAAGGAUAACACAACAAUGGCAAAAGAAUUCUACUCCCCUUUUAUGCAGCUUUGUGGAGUUAGAGGAGGUGGAAAUGCUGCAGCACAGGCAUCAUUCUGGCAACCAAAAAUAGGCCUCUCCUUUGUGCUUGCAUUCGAGUCCGAAAGAGAGAGAAAUGCUGCUAUUAUGCUUGCACGCAGAUUCGCCUUCGAUUGUAAUAUCAUGCUUGGUGGGCCCGAGGAUAGAGCAGCAGCCGAGAAAACAACUUAAAUUUGCUAAGUUAGUUUGUAUUGUAUCCUAGUGUCAGAAAAAAUUGUAAUUAUAUCGAGUUUCUAAUCUGUUGUGUAAGUUUCUAAUUUUGAGCAUUCUGGUUGAUGCUUGCUUGAUUGUGUUUUUUUUCUUCUUUUCUAGGCAUUUUUUUUAUUUGCCUUUUUUUGGGACAUCUUUGUUUGUACAAGGUUUUGUCCCUUACCUCGUUACUCAUGGGGUACUGUUGUUGUUUGUACAAGGUUUUGUAAUUGUAUGAAGGCACAUAGCCUCAUUUUAUUGGAGUAAUGUUAUGGCAUGACAUGAUUAUUUACGAAAAUUUGGCAUGU